GUUCAAUAAGGCGUGACUUCCUUCUGAGCGCAGCCGUUUUGGCCCUGAGGGGGGAAGGUGUUGCCCCAGGACUGGAUGGAUUCAUCCUGGGACUCUUUGGAGCUGGAAAUGGGGGUGGUGUCCUUUGAAGACCUGGCUGUGGACUUCACCAGGGCCGAGUGGCAGGGCCUGGACAGCGCUCAGAGGAAGCUCUACCGGGAUGUAAUGCUGGAGACCUACAGCUGCCUCGAGUCCUUGGGAUUGUGUGUCUCCAAGCCCUUGGUGAUUUCCAAGUUGGAGCAAGGAGCGGAGCCAUGGCUGGAAGAAGGAGCCCUCGUUGCCAGCAGCCUGGAUAACCCAAGAGGGGCCAGCCAGAAAAGUCAAGACACGAAUCCGAGGUAUGAUUCUGGGGACUUGCACGUGUUUCCAAGAGCAGAGAAAGCGAAUCUGUCUCCUGUACUGGUAUCAUUUGAAGACUUGGUUGUGGACUUCAGCUGGGAAGAGUGGCAGGACCUGAGCAGUGCUCAGAGAAUUCUCUACAAGGAUGUGAUGCUGGAAGUCUACAACAACCUGCUGUCCUUGGGUAGUAAUCUACAAUAUGUCACUGACAAGGUCUUGACGUUAUUUCCCAUUGACAGGAUGCUGCAGGACUAA